ACGACUCGCGCUUGGCCAGAGUUGUCCGGGACGCCGCGCUGAAAGGACGUCCCCUGACCCCGCUCGUGACUCCCACUUGUCACGCCGCCGUUACCUGAGGCUCUGCGCUGCCGUGGACGCCCGCUGGUGUUGUCCCUCUUGAAAGCGGAUCUGCAUCGGCGCUGCGCUCUUACCUCGCCUCCUCGUGGAUUUUUGGAAACAGUGACAGUCCGUGCUGUGCCGAGUGGUUGUUGAGCGUCAGUGAAAAAAAUCGCGAAACAUGGGUGAGAUGUGCGUGGAUGACAUCGUCAGGGACCAAGUGAUGGCUCUGCCGAGUGUUCUCAACUACAGGAUCUGGUCUUCAGGGCCAAGGAGUGCGCCCCCCGGCCUGCCCGUCAGGCGACCCCAGGCGAGCAGGUUGAGGAAGAACUUGUUCGGCCCCGUCGACCACAGCGAGAACUUGAGAUUCGUGCGCGAGGAACUCGAGAAGAUCGCCAAGGAGGACUCCGAGCGCUGGAACUUCGACUUCAAGACGGAGCAGCCCAAGGAAGGACGCUAUGAGUGGGUGGCCGUUGGGGAAGGUGCCGCGAAGAAGAGUCCGGCGCCGCAGCUCACCUGCCUCACUGCUAACAACGUCAACGUCAAGUCCGUGAAGAGGCUGAGCGCGAGUCCGCCCGCCAAGAUGCGACAGAGACUCUGCACGGAUUACUUCAGGCUCAACAAGGCGACGACGACGACGAAGGCCAAGGCCAAGAGCGAGCGCAAGACCGAGAGGGAGAUCGCCCCCUCGAGAACGCCGGAAAAAAGAACCGCAGUGGCAAUCAGAUAAAAAGGGAAAAAGAAGUAUAUAUUUAUAUAAGUUAUUUCUAGUGUUAUUGGAAACACCAAACGGAAGGAGAAUUACAAGAAAAAAACAAAGCAAUGCCGUUUUUUUACACAUUGCUUAUCAGGAUUCGUAAUGGUGUUCCCAAGAACAGUAAAAAUGAAAGCUUUAAUUCCACAAAACAUGAAUGUAUAAAAAAACGAAAAAAAUAGACACCAAGUGCUUUAUCAAGUGAUAUUAGAUAAAUAAACCGCAACAGAAAUGAAAACUACGACGCAUAACUACACGACAACAGGAAUAUAAAACGACGUCACUGGAUUACAAUAGACACCCCUUCAUUCGCGAACUUCAGAAAACGAGAAACUCCACAAGACACGAAGGGAAAAAAAUGGUCAUAACUUCUGUAAACUUCAUAUUCUGGUGACCUUUUUUUUUGGUUACUGAAGCCAAGCGACUCCACAGUUGAUCUCAAUUCAUAUUGUCGAAAAAUUGUGAAUAUAAAUAUUUAUAGAUGUUUAUUUAUUGUACAUACAACUAAAUUGUUAUGUAUAAAAUGUUUUGAAUAUAUCUAUUCGAAAGUA